AUGGGUGAUUUCACCAUCCUUACCAGACUCAGAGAUGCUUAUCCUCUAGUAGAAGAUCCCGGAAAAGACCAGAACACCAAACUUCGCAAACAGGCAUUUACCUGUUUAAAGGCGUUAAGUGAUCAAUAUAAAAAUCAACGGAAUGAUACCGAAGUCCAAAGCCUCGUCAUAUCAUGCAACCAACAAUAUAAGUUCUAG